AUGUUGUUGUCUUACGAUAUCCUUUGUGUUGAAGGAAGGAGUUUAGGACUGCGAAAAGGAUUGAGGCAUGCCAAAUGCUGCAACCCUGAAGGGAAGAGCAUCGCAAGAAACAGUACUAAAGAAAAUAGUGCAAGCACAAGUAAUCCCUUGCACCAUACUAUUAAAACUAGUGAAGGAGUCGUGGAUGCUUUUCGACCUACAAACCCUGGUCAUAGUCCAGUUGUUCAGGUAGAGGGAAGGCUUUUAAAUUCUGAAUUGUGCAAGAAAUGCUCAAAGAAUAAUGAUAACACUACUGAUCUGAAUGUGCCAGAAAAUGGUAAUCACGGUUUGGCAGCUGGUCAGGAGCAAACAAGUAAGGUCAACAAUCUUGAUGAUUUUCGACCCACAGAACCAGGCCACAGUCCAGCGACCACUUUUGUUGUAGUAGGAGGACUCAUCCCUCUUUCGUAA